UCGUCCCGCUUCCAUUUUCAGAUCUUCCCCAAAAACCCAAACGGCUACUCCUCCCCCCCACCCCCACCUCCGCACACACACUCUCUCUCACACACACAAACACACAGAAAAAACGCACAAACACCCAAAACACACAGUGUCUCAAUCAAAACUCCCAAAGUGAAGGCACAAGCUCCCAGAAAAACACGCACAAACACCGAGCACACACAGUGGCUCAAUCAAGUACACCAAAUAGAAGCAUAGGUUCACCCUGUGUUCAACGUUUUAAGAUGUCAAAUAAGGAGAAAGGUGUAAAUGUUCAGGUUCUGCUUCGUUGCAGGCCGUUUAGUAACGAUGAGUUGCGGAAUAAUGCUCCGCAAGUGGUGACUUGCAAUGAUUAUCAGAGAGAGGUCGCCGUUUCUCAGAACAUUGCUGGAAAACACAUCGAUAGGAUUUUUACUUUCGAUAAGGUUUUUGGUCCCUCAGCACAGCAAAGGGACCUUUAUGAUCAAGCAAUUGUCCCAAUUGUCAAUGAAGUUUUAGAGGGAUUUAACUGUACAAUUUUUGCUUAUGGGCAAACUGGUACAGGGAAGACAUACACUAUGGAAGGUGAAUGCAAGAGGUCCAAGAGCGGACCUAAUGGAGAGCUGCCACAAGAAGCAGGUGUCAUACCUAGAGCAGUGAAGCAAAUAUUUGAUACAUUGGAGAGUCAAAAUGCAGAAUACAGUGUGAAAGUUACAUUCUUAGAGUUGUAUAAUGAAGAAAUCACUGACUUGUUAGCCCCUGAGGAUUUGAAAGUUGCUUUAGAAGACAGGCAGAAGAAACAAUUGCCACUUAUGGAAGAUGGGAAAGGUGGAGUUCUAGUUAGAGGGCUUGAAGAGGAAAUUGUGACAAGUGCCAAUGAGAUAUUCACCUUACUUGAAAGGGGAUCAGCAAAACGUCGAACUGCAGAAACCUUGCUCAAUAAGCAAUCAAGUCGGUCACAUUCUCUUUUCUCCAUAACCAUACACAUCAAGGAAGCAACCCCUGAAGGCGAAGAACUUAUAAAAUGUGGCAAGUUAAAUUUAGUUGAUUUGGCUGGUUCGGAGAACAUUUCUCGCUCUGGAGCUAGGGAGGGUCGUGCAAGGGAAGCUGGAGAAAUAAACAAAAGUCUACUCACACUUGGACGAGUGAUUAAUGCCCUUGUUGAGCAUCUUGGGCACAUCCCGUACAGAGAUAGCAAACUUACGCGUUUGCUGCGGGAUUCAUUAGGCGGAAGAACAAAAACCUGUAUAAUUGCCACAGUGUCACCUGCUGUGCACUGUCUUGAGGAGACUCUGAGUACACUAGACUAUGCACACAGAGCAAAAAACAUAAAGAAUAAGCCUGAGGUCAAUCAAAAAAUGAUGAAAUCAACCCUCAUCAAGGAUUUGUAUGGUGAAAUUGAGCGGCUUAAAGCAGAGGUGUAUGCUGCUCGUGAGAAAAAUGGUGUUUAUAUACCAAAAGAGCGAUAUUAUCAGGAGGAGAAUGAGAGAAAGGCUAUGGCGGAUCAAAUUGAACAAAUGGGAGUUAGCAUAGAAAACCAUCAGAAGGUAGUGCUUGACGGAGAAUCUUGUAGUUGUCUAUUUCCUAUAUUUUCCACUUAUGUGAAUAAUAACUUGUGUUUGGUUUGUAAUAAUCAGCAAUUCGAGGAGUUACAAAGUAGACAUGACAGUCAGGUUCAGCAGUGCUCAGAUUUGACUUGUAAGCUUGAUGUAACACAGAAACAAUUGAACCAAACAAGCAAAUUGCUAGCAUACACUGAAGAACAAUUAAGACAAUCCCAAUAUACUCUGAAGGAGCGGGAUUUCAUCAUCUCUGAACAAAAAAAAGCUGAAAAUGCGCUGGCUCACCAAGCAUGUGUUUUACGGGCCGACUUGGAGAAAUCAAUUCAAGAGAAUGCUUCCUUAUUUCAAAAAAUUGCUAGAGAGGAUAAACUCAGUACUGAUAAUAGGUCUCUGGUAAACAACUUCCAAGCUGAGCUUGCGAAGCAACUUGGUUCUCUUUCCAGCACAUUGGCAACUUCAGUGUGUCGACAAACUGAACACCUCCAAUGCGUUGAGAAAUUCUGUCAUAAUUUUCUUGAUUCACAUGACAAGGCUGUCCUAGACUUGAAGAGGAAAAUUAAUUCUUCAAUGGCCUUGUACAUAUCUCACUUUGAGGCUAUGCAAAAUGUAGUGAGGCUGCAUAAAGCUACCUCUAAUGCUACUCUGGAGGAAGUUUCAACUUUGGCAUCUUCUAAUUCAAUUUCCACCAAAGAAUUUUUAGACGCAGAGGCUGUGGAAGCAAAUUCCAUGUUUGAUGAACUUCAGAGCACUUUGUCAACCCACCAAGGAGAGAUGGCACAUUUUGCUAGAGAGCUCCGUCAGAGAUUUAAUGACAGUACAGAGCAUUUGACAAAUAUCUCUGCAAUCAUUCAAAGAUUUUUUGACAAGCUUUUGGACGAAUCAAAAAGACUUGAAAAGCAUGCAACAACAGUUGAUGAGAUUCAAACGAAAUCUAUUGCUGAAUUUGAGAAGGCAUACGAGGAGCAAUCAAAAUCAGAUGCAGAGAAGCUUAUUGCUGAUGUGACUUCCUUGGUCUCCAAUCACAUGCGUCGUCAAAAAGAACUGGUGGGUGCAAGGCUUGUUGAUCUUAGAGAAACUGUUUCUGGAAAUAGGACAUUCUUGGAUGGGCAUGUAUCCUCUAUGGAAGGUAUUACAACAGAUGCAAAAAGAAAAUGGCAGGACUUCUAUAUGCAAGCAGAAGGCGAGACCAAAGAAAAUGCUGAUUUCUCAGCUGCUAAACACUGCCGAAUGGAAUCACUCAUGCAGAAGUGUGUAAGCACUGCUGAAACAGCUCUGAAACGGUGGCAAAGUACACAUGAAUUGGUUAACGACAUGGGCAAUCAACACGUCUUGACAAUGCAUUCGGUUGUCAGGAACAUAUGCGAUAACAAUGAGCAACAUGUAACUGAUUUUGACUCCACAAGGGAAUCUGCUGAAGAAGAUGUGAAAAGGAAUAGCGAAGAUAUCAUUAAAUCUAUUGACAGCUUGUCAGGCGAAGAGAGAGGAUCUAUAUCUGGCGUUUUGGAUACUACCAGUGCACACUCAGAGACCCUUGAUGUACUUAAGAAAGAUCACUGCAUGCAGUCUACCUCCAUUGAACAGAUAGCCCUUGAAACUUUUCAGCAGAAGUAUAUGGAUUAUGAGCCAACUGGAGCAACACCAAUUAGGUCUGAGCCAGAUGUACCAAGCAAGGUUACAAUUGAGUCGUUGCGUGCCAUGCCAAUGGAGGUUCUACUAGAGGAAUUCCGAGAGAACAAUUCAUUCGAGUCAUUUCAAGUAAAGGAAGUAAAGCCAUCACUUAUCCCACGAUCACCUUUCUCACAGAUUAACAAUUAGCAGAUUGGUCUUUUUUGUUCCCUCGUGCAUAUGAUCAUUUAUAAUGUGUACCUGUAUUUUCUUUUCUAUACUGGUCCUGCCUACAAAUACGAGUAAAUUACUGCAACUGCAGUAUAUGUUAUAGGUUAAUUCAGUCUGAAAAAUAAAUCCCAUCUUGGGAUUUAGAAAGUGGCUGUAAAUGAGGAAAGCUUGGUGCGUGGUUCCUGAGAGUUUAGGUCAAGGAAAGAUACUCUUCUAUGUAUUGUAAAAGUGCUAUUUCUUGAAGAGUUGCAGUUUCAUCGUGCAAUAGAUCUAUAAUGACAUUCGACGGUCAAUGCUAGAUAGUAAUAUUUAUAUUUUGGUAACUUG